AGAAAGGUGGCACGUCCCGAGUUAAAACUAGCUUUGAUGACAAUUUCUGAAAAGUUUUCUCUACAAAACUAUGUUAUAAAGUUAUAGAUUUGAAAAUGAAUUUUAAAGAGGAUUCACACAGAGCGUCAGCAUGGCAGGCAAAUCUUCCUAGUAUGAUAAGCGUAUUGGCUGAUAAAUGGCAAGAGGCAGCUAAUAUUUCCAUUAACCAAAGUCAACAAGUGCCGAAGAAACUAACUACAGAAGCUCUCUGUGUUUUGUGCGGAAUUCUCCUGUUUGUAAUACCAUCUGUAAUCGGAAGUGCCAUCAAUGCUUUCGAAUCUUUUUGUGGUGCAUCCCCGAAGAAAAAGAGUUCAACAAACGGGAAGGACCAAAGGAAUGAUGCAAAUGGUGAAACAAAUUCUACAACGGAAAAAGAGGAAGAUGAGUCUUCCACGAUUUCAGUUUGGAGUGGGAGUAGCAGAAAAUUUUUUGAUUGUUUCUGCGUUCAGACGAAUGCCAGAAAAAUACUGAGUACUUCUUCUAACCAUGGGUAUCUGGACUGCAUAGACGGAAUACGAGCCAUAAUUUUUCUUUGGAUUUUUAUUGCACAUUUUUUCUUCUUUUAUGUUCGAUCAAUAAAAAAUCUAAAUAAGCAUAUUAAGGUCAUAUUAGAAAUGCCGAUUACAAUAGUUGGUGCGAAUGCAGUUUUUGGAAUAGACACUUUUAUUAUACUUAGUGGAUUUUUAACCGGAUAUUUAUUUUUCGAUUACUAUGAGAAACAUAAUGGAAAGAUACCAUGGAUUUUAUUUUACGCUAUCAGGUUUUUAAGGGUCACACCACUGUACUUGGUGGUGCUUGGAUUCUAUUCCACUCUCUUCACUUACAUUAGUUCCAGUCCAGUAUGGCCAACUUAUAAUACAAAUCCCGUUUGCAGAGAAAGUUGGAUCUGGAAUGUGUUUUACAUAAAUAAUUUCCUUACACACUACAAACAGUGUUUGAACAUGACUUGGUUCCUCGCAUGCGUUAUGCAACUGUACGUAAUUAGUCCUUUAUUCAUGAUUCCUUUAAAAAGAUGGCCAAGAUUUGGACACGUCUUGUCAGUCGUCACCAUCUGCAUUUCAUGUUAUGCAACUUUUAUUAUAACCAAAAAGCAUAAUAUAUUUGCGACUUUUCCCAAAAUUACAAACGAAACGAAUGCUAUUGAAGAAAUAAAUAAGCGGAUGUGGCAGUUCGGUGAUGAAUUGUAUAUGAAACCUUACAUCAAAUUAACACCAUAUUUAGUUGGAAUGCUACUUGGAUAUAAUUUACACAACAGAAAUCUUUCCAAAAAGGACAGCUGGUUGACAUUGUCAUUUGGAUGGAUUAUGUUUGCUUUCCUGUUGUGGAUCUGCUUUUUCGCCUUCGAUGGACGAGAUGAAUCUCUUUGGGAAACUGCUGUCUAUAAUGGUGUUAAAACUCUUUUAUUUUCUUUAGCGUUUUCUUGGCUUAUUUUCGUUUUCACUACGCAGCAAGGAGGAUCUUUCGGCAAAUUUUUUUCACGACCGAUUUUUAAGCCCAUUUCUCGACUAUCUUUCAGUGCCUACCUCACACAAAUUAUAGUGUUUGAAUGGAAUUUUUUAAGUUAUGAAGUAUUUGUGAGUGAAUCUCUCUUUUACGAAAGCAUUUUUUCCGACUUGUCCUGGGCGCUACUUUUGGGGCGUAUGUUUCUGUGGACAUUAGUUACUGCAUUUGCAGUGUCUUUGCUGUUCGAGUAUCCUGUAAUAAGAUUAUUGCAUACGUACUUAGCUGGAAAGGAAAAAACGUCGUGAUUUUCGCCUUGAAACUGGAUUUACUAUUGUUUCUUUUAUUGACUACUUUAAGACAUUGUACUUUUUUAUAUUGUGUAAUAAAUGUAAAUAUGAAAAAUUUUCCAACUCAAAAUU